AUGCCAUUGGUGAAUCACAGACAGCGCCCCAAGAAAGAACCUAAAAGUCCUACAAAGAACAAGGCGUCAAAAAACCCUCAAACUACAAAGCUCAAUUUUGAAAAAUUUGACAGGGUUAAUCUUGAUAUGUUCAACGUCAAGCCCUCUCAACGCUCUUCAACCCCUAGAACAUAUACCAACGAUGAUGAUGGUGUGAAUGAAUUGUCGUCAAGUAAGAGUUCAAGAGCUCCCAAAGAACAAAAGAAGACCGUGAAGAAAGGAAGAAAAUCAACUACUUCAUAUGAUCAGAGUUCAAGUCCUAGAACACCUUCAAAGAAAUUGGACACUUUAACCAUAGGUUCAAAUAGCCCAGAUAGCUCUCCUCUUGCCUCAGAUUCUAGGAAGAACCUGUCUAAAUCUCUUGAUAGUCUCACCAAAAAAGACACUGCUGCUAGUGAUGAAGAGGACAUCAAAAUAAUCAGUCAUCAUAAACCACAAACUCAAUCCUCAAACCACAGCUAUAAUCAAGAAGAAUUAGAUGAAAGGCAAGCUGCUAUCAAAGAAACAGAAGAUCAGAUCAGAAUCUUGAUUACGAAACCAAUUACCCUUGAGGAAAAGAUCAAAAUUUUGAAGAAGGACGAAGAAGAACACGAUAGGCAGUUUGAACAAAGUAGACGUUUCCAACCAAGUCUUCAAGAGAUGUUUGGCUUGGGUGAUAUUGGUAUGGUUUACGUAGAGCCAGAUCCAGAAAUCAAUGAAGAAUAUGUAAAGAAAUACGAAUCUGAAAAUGGUAAAAUUUCACAUCAUGUUCCUAUAAUUGAAUUUGAAUUAUUUGAAGGAAUAGAAGUGGCAAGUGUUUCAUCAAGGAGACCCGGUGAUUGUGAAUAUUUAGAGCGUCAAUAUUCAGUGAGAACUAUUGAGCAAGUUUUAGAAUUAACCGUUAAUGACAUUAUAAGAGAGAAAUAUCUUAUUUACAUCAAAAAUGUUAAAAUUAACCCAAAAUUCAUAAGAGAUACUGAGCGCCAUUUGAAGACUUUUCUCAACACGAAUAUUUACAAAGGAUGUCCAAAUGAUGGUAAAAAACUUGACGGUAAUUUCAAUUAUUGUGAAAAAUGCGGGCGUACAGUUAAACCAAAGGACCAUUUCAAGCUUAAAUUAGAGUUUUAUUCAAUCACAAAUCCUCAAUCAAAAUUAAAGGUAACUGUAUUUAAUGAUGUUGUGGAGAAAGAAAUAUUUCCAUGGGCCGAGUUAUCUGCUAAGAAUAUCAAUAUUGGACUUCAAGGAGAUAAUUUGAAAUAUUUAGAAAAAUUAAAGCCAUAUUUUGAAGAUUGUGCUUUUGAUAUUAUGAUGACAACAAAAAAAUUUAAAUCGUAUGGGAGGGAAAUAUUAUCUCAUACGUUGGAUCAUAUGGAACGCGUUUCUUGA